UAUAAGUUAUCAGUUGGACGAAGUCAUCAUGCAUUGAUCCUUAUCACCUGACAAUCAGACACAAAAUUAUUACGUGUAAUGUUGAAAAUACGAGACUUUAUAUCCAAGUAAUAUUUGUCCACUUUGUCAAACAAAUAUAGUUCUUAAUAAUUACAAUUCUAACUGUACUUCGCAAAGUCUAAGGUCGCAAACCACAAAACUGAUGAAUUAGUCAUUACUAAACAAUCGAUUCAAGCUUUGUACUGUACGCCAAUUGCUGAUCGAAUAUGCCAACUGGUAUAAACACGUACACAAUUUGUGUACAUAUAUCAUUCAUAAAACUCAAUCUACAAGAAAAACUUGUUUGAGCAUUAUGAAAAAAUAACGUUUCUUCACUUCGUCGUCCUUAUGAAUAAAAAAUUCUUUAGUUCUUUUAUUUCUCAUAGUAAAUUGUACCGCGAAUACGUAAUCGUGUCAUAGUACUUCUUACAUGUCCGAAAUAAUAAUUUUUAUCGAGAAAGACUAUUUGACGUACCUCUUAUCAUUACUUGUAUCUACGACUUGUACGUACUCGAUUCAUCGUCCUUUUGGGAUAUCACGCGAUUCUUAUCUGCCGGGACUAUAAAACUUGACGAUCGAAGAAGACUGAAGAAUAAUUGACUACGGAGAACCACUGACCCCGGGAAAAUGUGAAUGUAUGGACACUCGGUUGUCCAGCCACGAUGUUCAGUGUCGUCAGUUCGAUCCGGUCGUUGGGCCAUUCAGCAUGAACAACGAACACAAAAAUGACGCACUCUCAGUGUACUCUGUCGGCAGCGAGACAAAUUUAGUUCCAAUUAAAUCAAGGGAUACGUAUUUUAAGAGGAGGAAAAAGCCUAUCGGUUUACUUACCAGUUUUCUAGCUUUACUCGUAGCUAUCCUAUUGCUGGUCGUGAUAUUACUUUCUGUCCUUUUGCUUACCUAUGUUUUAGAUAUGAAAUCGAAACGGAAUUUGGAUCAAUGCCACACUGAAAAUUGCGUUAGAAUAGCUGCUAGUUUGAAAGAAUCUAUGGACACGUCUAUAGAUCCUUGCGAUGAUUUUUACACAUAUGUUUGUGGUAGAUGGCCAUUGGAACACCCGACGCCGGAAUCCAGUGUAACAAAUUCCUGGUUCAGCGAACGUUCCAUACGCGUGUCCAGGACGAUUCGAGAUCUUUUGAAAAAAAAUACAACUACCAAAAUACCAUGGGCUGUCGAACAAGCGAAAAUAUUGUAUGAGAGCUGCAACGAUGUGGAUUCAAUGAAUUCUUUGGGAUUGUCACCACUUUUUGAUUUGCUUGAGGAUUUGGGGCUUCCACGAAUACCUGCUGCAUUCAGUGGCGGGACUGGCAAUUUUUUGGUUCAGAUGGCAAGGGUUAAAAAAAAGUUGGGACGAGAUAUAUUUUUCGGUUUAGAAAUAUAUCUCGAUCCAAGAAACAAAAGCAGGAAUGUUAUAAUCCUAGACACGCCAGAUACAAGCAGUCCUCUUCCAAGCGACAAAGAAUUGGACAAAAGACUGCAGAUGGUGAAGCAAAGCAUGCGUAAGGUCGAAGAGGUACCUGAAGGCGCUGAAGAGGGACUCUCGAGUCCUGAAAAAAUAUACAUGUACGAAGUUAUGAAGGACGUUAUCAGUAACGGAACUUCAAAGUCUUGUUCUGUUAAUACUAUGAAAAAUAUAAGCGACGAAGAACUGAGACAGACAGUUGACAAUAUUUACAAGCUAAGCGAGAUCGUUUAUUACUUGGUUCAUUCUGAUGACAAUGAGACAAGCUCCGAUGAAGAUCUCAAAGAUGAGGAUUACAUGCUCGUUGACGAUCUUCAAAAGAUGACUGACGAAUACGUGCAAAUAACAAACUCAACGUUAACACCAAGGCAAAUAUGGCGACCGUACGUUGAAGAACUUUUCAAAGGCGAUUCCCAAUUGGACCUUACGAGCAAGGACCGAGUGCUAAUUGGUAACCUGGAUUACUUAAAAAAAUUGGCAGUCUUGUUAGCUGCGGCCGAUGAAGUAGUCUUAGAAACUGUUAUCUGGUGGGUCGUCGUAGACACUGUAGUACCACAUUCCUCGGAAAAUCUUCGAAAAAUAUGGUUGACCCAUUUAUCUUUGUUAAUUGACGUGGAAAUAACUGACUCCAGGUCGCUUCAUUGCGCACGAGCUGUCAAUCAGCUGAUGGGUAUGGCUGUGUCGUGGCUGUUUGUGGAUCCGGAUUUUCAUAAAGAGAAGGGUCCAAAGGUUCGAGAGAUGGUGGAGGACAUUCGAGAGUCAUUCGCCUCCUUGGUGAUAAGUACCGACUGGAUGGACAGAUCGACGAAAAUUGCGACUUUGGAGAAGAAUAAGAAGAUGGCGUCGGUGAUCGGGUAUCCGAAUUGGCUGUUCGAGGAAGGAGAGAUAGACGAAUACUAUGAGGGUAUAGAUUUUCUGAAGGAUGCAUUUCUGAAGAACAUGCUGCAAAUCGUAAACCUGAGAAGCCAAUACGAGCUCGAGAGUCUUCACGAUGAGAAUUUUGCCAACGAAACGUACUGGGCGACCGACCCCACCGAUGUGAACGCCUUUCACACCUUUCAGGCGAACCAAAUAACCGUUCCUGCUGGGAUUUUGCAAUUCCCCUUCUAUGACUUGGGACUCGAGGCUCUUAAUUACGGUGCUAUUGGUACCGUGUUAGGUCACGAACUCACCCAUGGUUUUGAUAACAGCGGCCGCCAGUACGACGGCGAUGGGAAUCUCAGACAGUGGUGGAGCAACAUGACUAUUUUUGAAUAUACAGAGAGAGCUGAAUGCUUCGUGGAGCAGUAUGGUAGCUACUAUGAAAAGGAGGUGGACGAUUACGUGGAUGGAGAAUUGACCUUGGGCGAAAAUAUAGCGGAUAAUGGUGGUUUGACAGAAGCUGUCCUUGCUUAUAGAAGAUGGGUGACCAAACAUGGCCAAGAGUCUCUUCUUCCGGGAUUCACUCAUCUAACUCAUGAGCAGCUGCUAUUUUUAGGCUUUGCUCAUCUGUGGUGUGAAACAUAUACACCGGCUUCUCUAAAAUGGAUGCUCCUCGAUUCACACUGUCCCGGUCACGUAAGACUUAAAGAAGUUUUAAAAAAUUCACACGAAUUCAGCAAAGCCUGGAAUUGUCCAAAAGGAUCCAAUAUGAAUCCCGAAAAAAAAUGUCAUUUGUGGUAAGUUUAGUAUGAAACAAAGUAAAUGAGAAAUAUCAAAUAUUGAAUCAAAAUAGAAUUAGGUAGAAAUUUA